GGCUAGCGCGGUCGUCUUCUGCCGGGUGAGGCUUCCCCGGUUGGGUUUCUGCCUGCCAGGACUCGCCGGGCGGAACCUGCGCGCUCCGAGCACGGCCGGGGAGCAGGAGGCGUUCCCCGUUGGCCGGGCGACGCCGCGCUCUGACCCCCCCCCAUGCUGUCCCUGGAGAGCCCCCUCCCUGGCGAGGAGACCCUGGACCUGUCAGAGCUGCACCUGCACGGGCCAGAUGAGAGGGACGGCCUCUGCGAGGCGGGUGGCGAGGGACCCGGUCCGCUGUGGUGCCCCUUCCUCGCCGUCUACGACCUCCAGCCUCUCCGCUCCCAGGGCCCCCUCUUUGCCAAAGGGGUGCCGGUCACUGCUCGCGUGGAGGGCACGGAGAGAUACGCCGGCGGCUCCAAGGUGCGGCCAAACACCCUCUACUCCCUGCGGCUGACGCACGGCCACUUCGCCUGGACCAUGAAGAAGAAAUUCAAGCACUUCCAGGAGCUGCAUCGGGACCUGGUGCGGCACCGGAUCCUCGUGAGCUUCCUGCCCCUCUCCCGGUUUGCUCUGCAGGGGGCCCCGGCGACAGGAGCGACGUCCCUGGAGUUGCCCCCUCUGCCCCAUGGAGGGGAGGUGUCCCGGCGCCCCUCCAGCAAACAGAAGCUGCUCGAGAGCUACCUCAACGCCUUGCUGGAGAUCAGCUUCUACCGAGACUACCACGCCAUGACGGACUUCCUGGACGUGAGUCGCUUCUCCUUCCUGGCAGACCUGGGACCCAAGGGACUGGAAGGCCUGAUCCUGAAGCGGUCCGGGGGCCACCACCUCCAGGGCCUGAACUGUGCUGGGCGCCACCAGGUCUGCUACCGCUGGUCCAAGAGGUGGCUGGUGGUGAAGGACUCCUUCCUCCUCUACCUGAAGCCGGAGUCGGGGGCCAUCUCCUUCGUGCUGCUCUUUGACACGGGGUUCAGCAUCCAGGUGGGCAAGAAGCCCACCGAGACCAAGUACGGAGUCCGCGUGGAGAACACCUGCAGGUCGCUCAUCCUGAAGUGCAGCAGCUACCGGCAGGCCCGCUGGUGGUGCCAGGAGAUCACGGAGCUGGCCGAGGGCAAGGGCCAAGACUUCCUCCGGCUGCAUCGCCACGAGAGCUUCGUGCCUCCUCGCAAGGAGACCCCCGCUCGCUGGUUUGUGAACGGCGCUGGCUAUUUUGCGGCUGUGGCCGAUGCUUUGCUGCAGGCCAAGGAAGAGAUCUACAUCACGGACUGGUGGCUCAGCCCCGAGAUCUACCUGAAGCGCCCUGCCCACACAGACCACUGGCGGCUGGACCUCAUCUUGAAGCACAAAGCGGAGGAGGGUGUGCGUGUCUCUGUCCUGCUCUUCAAGGAGGUGGAGCUGGCCCUGGGCAUCAACAGCGGCUACAGCAAGAGGGCUCUCAUGCUGCUGCACCCCAACAUCAAGGUGAUGCGCCACCCUGACCACGUCUCCUCCAUCAUCUUCCUGUGGGCCCACCAUGAGAAGCUGGUGGUGGUGGACCAGUCCGUGGCCUUCUUGGGCGGGCUGGACCUGGCCUAUGGGCGCUGGGACACCCACGAGUACCGCCUGACAGACCUGGAUGGUGACGACUACAUUGGCCCCAAGGGUGGGGCUGCCCCACCAGGAGGCGACGAGGCCCCUGACGACUUGGCCACCAACCAGCGCCUCUGGCUGGGCAAGGACUACAGCAACCUCAUUGCCAAGGACUGGGUGCAGCUGGACAAGCCCUUUGAAGAUUUUAUUGACAGACUCCAGACCCCUCGGAUGCCGUGGCGGGACGUGGGGGUGGCCGUUCAUGGGGCGGCCGCGCGGGACGUGGCCCGACACUUCAUCCAGCGCUGGAACUUCACUAAGACGAUGAAGCCCAAGUACAAAGGGACGGACUACCCGUACCUGCUCCCCAAGUCCCCCCACGUGGCCUCCUUGUGCCCCCGCUUUGUGGUGCCUGGUGCUCAGACCGCCAGUGUCCAGGUGCUGCGUUCCGUGGACCGCUGGUCAGCCGGUCUGCACGAGGGCUCCAUCUACAAUGCCUACCGGAGCGUCAUCGAGGAGAGUCAGCAUUACCUGUACAUCGAGAACCAGUUCUUCAUCACCUGCGCCUCGGCCGAUGGGCGCUCGGUGCUCAACACUGUGGGAGACGCCCUCGUGGACCGCGUGCUGCUCGCCCACAGGGAGAAGAAGCUGUUCCGGGUGUACGUGCUGCUGCCGCUGCUGCCCGGCUUCGAGGGGGACAUUGCCCAGGGGGGCGGCAACUCCAUCCAAGCCAUCCUGCACUUCACCUACCAGACUCUCUGUCGUGGGGAGCGCUCGAUCGUCAGCCGUCUCAAAGCAGCCAUGGGGGAGGACUGGAAGAACUACAUCUCUUUCUGCGGGCUCCGGACGCACGGGGAGCUGCGUGGGAAACUCCUCACGGAGCUGGUCUACAUCCACAGCAAGAUGCUCAUUGCCGACGACCGGCGCGUCAUCAUUGGCUCGGCCAACAUCAACGACCGGAGCCUGCUGGGGAAGCGGGACAGCGAGCUGGCCGUCCUGGUGGAGGACACGGAGUUCGUGACGUCCCUCAUGGGUGGCGAGGCCUACCGGGCAGGGAGGUUCGCGCUGAGCCUGCGUCUGGAUUGCUUCAGGUGCGUUUUGGGAGCAACCGCCAGCCUCGGGGCUGACCUUCAGGAUCCCAUCAGUGACCACUUCUUCCACGAAACCUGGAAAGCAAGAGCUUUAUCCAACGCCUGCAUCUAUGAACAGGUCUUCCGCUGCCUCCCCAGUGAUGCUGUGAAGUCCCACCGGGCCCUGCGGGAGUACGUCAGCGUGGAGAACUUGGCCUCGGUCAGCCCCAUCGUGGCCCGCAACCACCUGCAGAAGGUGGAGGGGCACCUGGUCCAGUUCCCCCUCGAGUUCUUGGCCGAGGAGUCUCUCCUGCCCCCGCUCAGCAGCAAGGAGGGCAUGAUCCCCGUGGAGGUGUGGACCUGAGCCCAGGUCUCCGGAGCAGAGGGGGCCGGCGGGAGGGGGGGCCCGGCCCCGGCUGCACCCCACGCCCAGGAGGGUGUCCCGAGUGCUUGGCCGGGCCUCCGGAGCAGAGAGGACUGGGCCCACCCCACGGUGUGGAGGCAGCCAGCGCCUCUGGCCUUCCCGGAGGAGAGCCUGGGAAUGGGCCCGCCUGCUGCUCCGCCCCACGCCUGCCAACCCGCCGGCUUCCGGAGCUCUUCUUAGGGCAUGUCUGUACUGGCGCCUUCAAACUGGGUUGAAACCCGUUCCUAGUCGUGGCUUCCAGCCAAGAAAGAAUGCGGACUCUCGUCCUUGGAAGAGGCUCCGGAAGGACUGCUUGGCCCUUUCCCUGCAUGACCUUUGUCUAGGGCGGCCCACUUGGGCACACGGGCACCCCCGCCUGAUGCAGACGGACGCCCCCUUGCCCGCUCCCUCCGCAGUGCUGCGCUCCAGUAUUCGGGCGGGGCGGGCCCUCUCCUCUCCCCGCUGCAGUCGGCCUGUUUCCUGGGGCCAGAUCUUGCUGGGGGGCAACUGGCAGCCAUCCUCCUCUGGUGCCAGGGCAGAGCUCUUUGGAGAGCCUCCGCGGCUCCGCGUCUUAAACUCUCUGGCUCCUCGUCCAGGUAUUUGGCUCCCCUACAGGGGUUACUUUGCAAAAAGAAUCCCCUCUGCUUGGGAGCUGGUUAUUUAACCGAUUUAUUUUAGCUUUAUUUCAUACCCAUGUUAGAGCUUAGAAGGCUUCCAAAGCAGCUUAUAUAAUCAAAACACACUUAUAAUAAAAUCCAGCAAGAUUUUAAAAAAAGACAAAAACCCUAACAGAAGCUCAAGGACGUAGUGGGUGAGGGAAGCCCCCACCCCCCGAUCGAAAAGGCCUGGCUGCAAGGGCAUCACGCACAGCAGCCCCCCCCCCCCCGGACCAAGCAAUUCACAAAAGAGGGGCCACUGCAGCAGGCCCUGCUUCCGAUCGCCAGCUGCGCGCCCCCCCCCCCCCGCUCCGAUCAGGGAGAUUUGCAGAAGGGGCUGUGCAGGCCAACUACAGUCUUCCAAAUUGCGUCUGCUGGGCUGCGAGGGAAGGGGGGGGAUGGGCGUUCAGAUCAGUCCCUUUCUCAAGUCAGUGGCGAGAGGAUGGGCUGGAGGAGCUCGAAGGAAGGAACUUGGCCCCCCAGCACCCCACCCACCCACCCCGAUUGCCUUCCCCUGCCUGCCGUGAUGGAGGCACUCCAGAGGCACUGGGUGAAAUCUGUGCGGCUGUUUUGCAGAAGUGGAAUAAAUCUGUGCCUGGCAGGA